AUGGCAGGCAACCGCUUCAAGGGCGUCAUCCCCACGAGGCUGAGCAGGAUGACGCAGCUCAAGGACGCGCUGUACGGGCAGAGCAACCGGCUUGACGGCGUGGUGGGAGCGGCGUUUGCUGACGGGGGCAGGGCCCCACUGAAGGUGCUGGACCUGAGCUACAACCUGCUCACCGCACUCAACCCCUUCCGAAACUGGAACCUCACCGAGCAGAUCAUCCUCUCUCACAACUCCAUCCAGCAGACCAUGCCUUCGCAUUUCCUCGUGGACGAUGCUGUCGCACACGGCACGCGCGCCAAGCACCUGGACCUGAGCUUUAAUCAAAUCGGCGGCACCCUGGAGCCGCUGAGCACGUUGACUGCAUUGACCAGCCUUGACCUGACGGGCAAUCAGCUGACUGGAGGCGUGCCCACGUGGGUGAGCAAGCUGACGAGGCUGCAGCGGUUGCACCUGGGGGAGAACCAGCUGGGCGGGGCAGUGCCCGUGGAGCUGUUCGCUGGGAGCUCGCUACAGCAUGUGGACGUCAGCAGCAACAGCCUCUCAGGCGCGCUCCCCGACCUAGCCAGGUGCCCCGCCGUGCUGAAUCUCUCUAAUAACGCGCUGGAAGGCGCGCUGCCGGCGACCAUGGGCACCGCCUGUCAAUCCACGCUCACGGAACUCGACCUCUCGCGCAACAAGUUCACCGGGGACAUCCCCACUCCGCUCACGCGAAUCCGUUUCCUCCACCGCCUCAACCUCAGCCGCAACGCGUUCUCCGGCACUAUUCCCAUCUGCUUCGACGCGCGGCGCGCGUUGCGGGACCUCGACCUGUCGUAUAAUCUCCUCGAGGGGUGGAUUCCGAGGGAUCUUGGCACCCACUUGGCGUUUAAGUCGGUUGCGCUGGGCGGGAAUCAGCUGUUUGGGCAAAUACAUUACCUGCUGAAGAAUUUCCCCGUGGCGAGCUUCAGGCCGGACAACUGGCAGCUGUGUGAUCCGCCACUGCCCGCCUGUGCCCCUGAGGUAAUAAUGAUUUAA